UUUCCAACUAAAUUUUAUAUUUCAAAAAAUAGGAACCGGAAGGUAUGUUCAUGAAGAAGAGGAAGAAUAAUAUAUCUGUUGUGCUUGGCAGUAGGAAUUUCAAAGAGCAGAACGAGGUUAUUGGACAGAAAAUACUUGACUCAAGGAUUUAUGAAUUAUGAGAGCCAAAGGAAGCUAAAGAGCGUACUAAAAUUCGGUCCAAAACUCAGUCCAAAACUCAGCAAAAUUCAAGUCCAACCAAAGUGCGUCGAUCAAAUUUCUACAAUGUCGUCAAUCUCCGCACGAAGCCAAAGCAGCCUGAUAUUAGGAACGACUUGGUCAUAAAACUCAAGGAGAAAAUAGACCCAGACAAGAUCAGAAAACACCUCAACCGCAAGAACACUAUAGUCAAGAUGUUUGAUAGAUACCUAAGCGAGAUCAAGGGCACAAAAAUUUAUCACCGGCUUACAGCCAGGAAGGAUCUGUUUCAACCCAAGAAGCCUGAGACUGAUGAUAAAGAUCACUUCUGGCUCAAGAUCAUGAGCAAGGAUGAUGACCCAGACAGCCCUAAAUAUGUAUCAAAAUGCUCAAAAGUUUCUUUCUUCGAGAAAUACAAAAAUUUAAUGGCUGAUAACUCGAGCAAUGUUCUUCCAGAGACUUUCUUCCGCAAUGAGAAGUUUUCAUCACGAAGCCAGACUCGACGAACGGUGUAUACAUCAGUUGGAGUGUCUCGGAAUUACCUCGAGAAGGACCCGAAUGCUCCUCGGGAUAUGAUCAUGACCAGCUGUGACCAGAAAAGAGUCUCUCUACAAGAAUCAAUGUCACCUAUAUAUCCUGCCUUGAAAGAAAGAAAGGGGUCUACCAAAACUCCUAUUUUUAACUACAAAAGAGUAUCUAGGAUUAACACCAAGACUACUAGAGACUACAGUAAAUCUCAGACUUCUCAGAAUAAACCUUCUGUUAAAAAUGCGCCCACAGCCAGAUCUUUUUACGCUAACCGUUCAAAGACUUCCAGAAAUGGGAACAAAUCUGCUUCUUUGAGACGAGCUCAAAGGAGCUCUGUCCAAAGAGGCACCGGCCACUAUAGCUCCACUCAUAGGGGUACAGAAAAGGACAGCAGUCUUGACAAAGAGCAAAGGUCCAGCAUACAGGCUAAUCCUUAUAAGCUAGAGAUCAAUAAUUGGCUCUCAAGGAGGCAAUAAUUUCUAAAUUUCCACUUAAAUUUGCUAUAAAUUUGGCUUCCUCUAGCUACAGUGCCUCGCCUAGGCUAGGGGAUUAGGAAAGGGAAGAAGCCUGUAGUUAAAAGAAGACCUAUUCUG